GAGAUACGAGGCACAUUCCUCGUAGGUUUCGUUCCGAGCGGCCAGGAUAGAACAAAGAAAGCGCUGACAGUAUAAAAAGUGUUCCGUAGAUCCCGCCAGGGAUCCAGUUUACUAUCUGCUUCAAGAUUUGCGAUACUUGUCUCGUUCGCUCGCCGUCGUGAAGUGCGUGAGAAGAGGUAUCUCGGUCAGACAACGAACAUACCGGAAUUUGUGCUUUUUUGAGGAAUUUUACCAGUGAGCGAUCAACGAAAAUCGAAAUGGCUUCAAUACUGCCAGCAGCGAUUUCCGGUGGCGAUAGCGACCGUGUGCUCAAGUCCAUGGACGCCAACCGGUAUGCAACGAAGAAGACGAUCGCCCAGGGUAUGCUGGAUAUUGCUCUGCUGACAGCCAACGCUUCGCAGCUCAAGUAUAUCCUGCAGGUCGGCGAGAAGCACGAGUUCUACACCCUGAUGCUCACCCUGAUCAGUAUCUCCAUUAUCCUACAGAUCGCCCAGGGUGUGGCCUGCAUUGUGCUGGCUAAUUUCGACAUCAACAAAGAGCAGAACCACCGACUGGCCAACCUGGUCCAGAACUUAUCGCUCGGGUUGAACCUGUCGACCGUGGUAGUUAACAUCAUGAUCAACGGGCUCGAGGUGAAACAGAUGAGCGAUCAUGGAGCGGGGCUGUCUGGCGGGUUGAGUGUGAAGGAUGAAUAAGGAUGGAAGGUGAUGAGAGUGAAGCUGGUGGUGGUCGGAUCCGAAAUAUUAAUCUGACAUGGCUUUCGAAAAGCUUUAUUUUUCUGUUGCUUUUGCUGCACACAAUCGGUUGAUCUCAGUUGAAACAAAAUAGAGAACAGUGGAACCAAAUAUUAUUAAUUGUUUUAAGGCUUGACGUAAAUACACAUUUCUAAACUUUCGUUUAAAAAUAUAAUGUUUUGAAUGAAAAAAUUUACUAAAUUUAAACAAUUUACUUUCAAAUAUUGUAAAAACGUUUUUUGCUCAAAUAUUUUAAAGUUAUCAAAACUGAAUAGAAAUAUUAAUAAAAUAAAUAAAAUAUGUAUAUACA